UUCCCCCAAAUACUCACAACAUCAAACCUCAAUCCUCUAAACUAUUCGCAUUGCUCUCCUUACCCUUUUCCCAACUUCCCAAUCUUUUUGACACACCUUUCACUUCAAUUCUCAUUUGCUCUCGUAAACCCUAACUUCUUACAUUUUUGAAGAGUACUGCUAGCAACAUUUCAAUAAGCGAUGGAUGCGGUGACAAACAUGGCAUCAGAGAGACCAGUGGUGAUCUUCAGCAAGAGCUCGUGCUGCAUGUCGCACACGAUCAAAACCCUGCUUUGUGACUUUGGGGUGAACCCCGCAGUGUAUGAGCUUGAUCAGAUGCAAAGAGGGAGAGAGAUAGAGCAAGCUCUCUCUAGGCUUGGAUGCAACCCUACUGUGCCUGCUGUGUUCAUUGGUGGUGAACUUGUUGGUGGAGCCAAUGAGGUCAUGAGUCUUCAUCUUAGGCGCUCCUUAAUCCCCAUGCUUAAGCGUGUCGGGGCAUUAUGGGUUUGAUUAGUUCAAACUAUGGCUAAUUAACUUGCAUAACAGGAGCUAUUAAGAUUCCUAGUUAUGCAUGCUUGAGAUAUUAACUAAACAAGUAUCCGAGUCGGAAUAAAUAUAGAGCAUAUAUAUAUAAUAUCAUAUAAUAAAGUUGUUAACUUAUUAUGUACUCUAGCUUUUUUGUAAGAUGCUAUGUUUCUGGUUCUGGUUAAUUAUUAUGGUAAUAAAAUCUUACUUUUACUAA